CAGUCCCCCCCCCCCCACAGAAUCCCGCUGGUACUGAUGUGCCGGAUGUGGGCUCGUGGCUCGGCUCUAUGGGCAGUUGUCCGAGGUUUUCCAGUGAAACGUCAGAUGCGCCCCAGUAUUUGGUCACCGGUUAUUUCAGAGGCUGUGAGCCUCCCGGCGUCCUGACGUCAAUUUAUAAGGACCUAGCGGCGGUGCCGGGGCGGCAGGCAGAUAACCAGAGCCGAGGGGAAAGAAAGAGGGAGAGAGGAGGGAGAGAGAAGCCGGACCAUGUCCAUCUGAUACCCUCCAUUAUUUGCUGAGCAUUCUGUGACUGUCAACGGCCGGAGCUGAAUAGGGGGGGGGGGUGUUCCCAGUUCCGAGAGUGUAUUCGUGUGUGCAGCUAUGGGGAAGGACUACUACAAGACCCUGGGCAUCCCCAAGGGCUCCAACGAGGAGGAGAUCAAGAAGGCCUACCGACGCAUGGCGCUGCGCUUCCACCCUGACAAGAACAAGGAUGCCAACGCAGAGGAGAAGUUCAAGGAGAUCGCAGAGGCCUACGAGGUACUCAGCGACCCCAAGAAGAGGGUCGUCUAUGAUCAGCUAGGAGAGGAAGGUUUGAAGACGGGAGGCAGCAGCUCUUCAGGCGCUCCUGGCAGCUCAACGUACCACUACACCUUCCACGGAGACCCCCACGCCACCUUCGCCUCCUUCUUUGGCGGCUCCAACCCCUUCGACAUGUUUUUUAGCUCCAACCGCAGCCACGGCCGCUCCAACGGUUUCCCCUUCCACAACGACCACAGCAAUGACGCAGAGCAGGACACGGACACGGAUGAUGAUAACCCCUUUGCUCCUUUUGGAAGACAGUUUGGCUUUUCAGGGGGGAUGAACAACAGCUUCCCAGGGGAGGGCUGCAGGAGGAGGGGGGUGCCGUCAGAGCGCCUGGGGACUGGCCGAAAGCAGCAAGACCCUCCGGUGGUCCAUGAGCUUAAGGUCUCGCUGGAGGAGAUCUUCCACGGCUGCACCAAGCGCAUGAAGAUCACCCGCCGCAGGCUUAACCCUGAUGGGCGGAGCAUGAGGACGGAGGACAAGAUCCUCAACAUCGUCAUCAAGAAGGGCUGGAAGGAAGGGACCAAGAUCACCUUCCCAAAGGAGGGAGAUGAGACCCCUGAGAACAUUCCUGCCGACAUAGCCUUUGUACUUAAAGACAAAGGGCACACCCACUUCAAGAGAGACGGUUCAAAUAUAAUUUAUAGCUGCAAGAUCAGUCUAAAAGAGGCGUUGUGUGGCUGCACACUUAGCAUUCCCACACUGGAAAACCGCAUCAUCUCUCUUCCCUGUCACGACAUCAUCAAGCCCGGGACGGUUAAGCGACUCAGAGGGGAAGGCCUGCCUUUCCCCAAGAACCCGUCACAGCGCGGGGACCUCAUCGUGGAGUUUUUGGUCCGUUUUCCCGACAGGAUCCCCCCACAGUCCAGAGAGAUUAUCAGACAACACCUCCCACAGUCCUAAGAAGACUAGCCUCCAGACUAGCCCCCCCACCCCAGCACCCACCACCACCACACACUCCAGACUAAACCCAGAAAAACAACCCUUAACAAUCCUUCAUCCACUUUUCCCUUAUAUUUUGACCCUUAUUGUAGUUAACCUUCCCAUCUCCGUUGUUAAUGCACACAGCAUUAAAGAGACGCUGUAGUUUUUAGGGACUUCACAGUGGGAGGAUGAAGGAAGAAUGCCAACACAAAUGGCAGUAUCAGGAUGUAAUUAUUUGUAUUUGUUUUGUCUUUUGGCCCAAGCACACACACAAGCACCCAAGCAGUGGAGCGGUGCUGAGAAUGGGCUCAGCACAAUCGUGGCUUUUACCGGAACUUCUUUUCUUAACUCUGUUUUUUACGGAUUUAUCAGUGGUUUUAUAUGCUGUCCAAUUCUCUGAUACUCGUCUUUUUGUCAUAGGAUGAAGCAUGAGAUAUUUUUUAAAAGAAACAUUUCUUCCAGGAUUUUCUUUUCCAAAGGAGGUUUCAAAUAGGAUUAUUUAUUUUUACCUUGAGUGUACCAGCAGCUUCAGUGUGUUCAGUGCAAACCCCAGAUUUUCCCCCGUCUGAGCUGUGCGGCUACUCCGAACUGAAUAGCCUUGCUCACUAUCUGAGGAACAUUUAGGUGCCUUAGCCCGGUGUCAUACCACAUACACACACACACAGAGACACAGUCACAGGUCACACUGUCAUAUAUAUACAACCAGCCAUGUUAAGUGCACAACAGACGAUGCCCUAUGCUGUGUUAGACUUUACCAUUGGGAGCAGGUGAUUUUGGAAAAAUAUUAAGUAGGUAGCUUAUGUAAACAAGGAAAUGUUUCUAGAGAGAGAUUUGAUACAAAACUGAUUAAUUUUGCCAAUACAUCCCUGUAAAGUGCCGUACAAGUAUAGGUUGGAUUUCCCAGAGGAAUGUGUGUAUAAGGACAGUCUGAAGUAAAUAGUUGAUAUUCCUUUAGGAAACCCAGCUUUGUUGUAUAUAUUCUGCUUUCUCUUGUGCCAUCUGAAGGCCAUGUCUAGGUGCUACUGUGAGCAGUGCCAAAAAUAGAACCCCUUGGUGUCUACGUUUUGGUUUCAUGGAGUCCUCAGUUUGUGAUUUGGUAACUGCUUCUGUCCUCUGUAACAUCUGUACAUGGAACUUUACAUCAGUUUUUUCAAGUAGAAAACCCUGUUUAGGAAACAGGUUUUGUAACACUGCAGCAGCUGUUCUCCGUCUCAGCUGCAGGGGGCUCUUCAGCUCUCUUCAGCUCUCCCUACUGUACUGUUUACAGCAACAAUAACAUGUAUGUAUGAGUAUGGUUUAUGCAGACAGCACCAGUAGGUCAUAUAUAUCAUGUGUAUGGGAAAAUGUUUGAAUGCAACAUGCUGAAAAAUGCAUGAUACUGACAAAACUAUGAGAUGAUGAGAGAGACUUGAAUGACUUGUCUGAGUGUGUGAGCGUCCUGCCUCUCAGAGCCUCAGAGGACGCUGGACUGUGGCUACAACCAGAAUCUACAUGUGCUGCUGCUGAAAGACUCACUGUCACUGCUUAUGUGCAUUUGACAAUAUUUAUGAUCUUCUCAGAAUGGAAAUAAAAUA